AUGACAGCUCCUACAUCUAUUCCUGAAGAAGAGGUUACUGCACUCCUCAUAGGACAGACCCAGAAUGACCUGAAGCUGGCCACAGAGUACCUCCGGCAUUAUUACAACCUGAAGAAAGAGCAACCUUUGGGUCGGAUCAAGCGGUACCUGCCCUCGUUCACCUCCAAGGUGAAGGACAUGCAGAGCUUCUUUGGCCUCAACACCACAGGCAGUCUGGACUCUAAGACCCUGGAGGUGAUGAGGACCCCUCGCUGUGGGGUCUCUGAUGUGGAGGACUACAGUCACAACAACCGAGUCAACCGCUGGAACAAGAACGUCAUCACCUACAGCAUUGGCAGGUAUACCAGUGAUUUGCCUCACAGCACGGUGGACUCUCUGAUCGAGUCGGCGCUUAGCGUCUGGGCCAGGGCCAGCACUCUGACUUUUGUCAGGUCACGCACACAGAGGGCCGACAUCAUGGUGGAGUUUGCUACCUUUGACCACGGUGAUGCCUACCCGUUUGAUGGGUCUAAGGGCACCUUGGCACAUGCUUUUGGCCCUGGAGAGGGAAUUGGAGGUGAUGCCCACUUUGACGAUGAUGAAACUUGGACGGCAGGGUCAAAGGGGUUCAACCUGUAUCUAGUGGCAGCCCAUGAGUUUGGUCAUUCUUUAGGCUUAAGGCACUCCCAAAACCCAGAGUCACUGAUGUAUCCUACAUACAAAUCCAGUCGCAGUGCACACAACCUGCUCUCCAAAGAGGACAUAGCAAUAAUCAACUCACUUUACGGUCCAAAAAACAGUCAGCCAUAUUACUACUCCAGACAUGGCUGGAAUCCACUUUACAACCCCUGGUUACUGGGUUCCCACUUCCCUCUGAUGAUGCAGAACAAAUGUUCCCCUGACCUGUCCUUUGAUGCUGUCUCAACCCUGGGGGAUGCCACCUUCUUUUUCAAAGACAAGUAUCUUUGGAUCAAGCACAACCAGCAAUAUGAUAUAAAAGCAGGUCCUAUCAACAAUUUCAUGCCAAAGAUUGAAUCCAAAAUUGAUGCUGCUUUCUGGGUCCCUCGGCGAUCCACUGCUUACCUGAUUCAUGAAACCAUGUACUGGACAGUGAAGGGUUCCAUUGUGAAAGGCAAACCUAAACCCAUCAGCAACUUUGGCUUCCCACCAUGGGUUCAGGAAGUAGACGCAGCGGUACACAUCGUCAAAACAGGACGCACUCUGUUCUUCAUUCACAACAUUUACUACAGUUAUAAUGAAAACCGAAGAGUUAUGGAUGCUGGAUACCCACAGUACAUCAGUGAUGACUUCCCAGGGCUCAAUACUACUAUUGAUGCAGCUGUCUACAAAGAUGGCUUCAUCUACUUCUUCGUUGGACCACAAGUGUAUACAUACGAUUAUACCCAGAAGCAAGUUGUUGGAACUGAGAAAGCAAAUACCUGGCUCGGAUGCUGA